AACAAGGGGUGGCAAAUUCUUGUUUUUAGUAAUUAACAUCAUUAACAUUUUUAUGAUGUAUCUACAAGCACAUAGAUAAACCUCCUUUAUUUUCCGUCGUUGACUUCCAUCCUUCUUUGCCGGUUGUAUGUAAGCAAAGCAGGGUGAGCCCGGCAUAGAAGACUGUCAUUUAGACAUUCAGGAUCAUGUGCUAGUUGUACACAAGAACCGACGACGACGCGAAGUAUGGCUAACAAGGCCUCUGAAGAAUGAAGCUCCCGACAUCUCCAAUAGCAUUAUGAUGACGACUGUCCACACUUCGUCGCCGCGCAGUGCUGCGCAUCACGAUGCCGCAGGCAGUCCGUUAAGUGCGGGUGGUGCGGCACUUUUGACACGAGUAACAUUUCGAGUGGCUGUAGAUUAAGGCUCCCAGAAAUCCGUCCCGUGUAGCCUGGUUGAGCAUCAUUUCAUAGCAGGUGAAGGUCUUCCUCCUCUCUGUGAAUGAAGAUCUUCAGAAUCAAGAAGUUUUGAUACCCAGAGUCCUGAGUACACCUAAAAAGAAGUUUUAGUUUAGAUGCGAAUUAGGUCUAGGUUGGAUUUCGGGAACCUUCAAGCAGAUCAACCCUUGGGACUCGGCAAGGCUGUCUUUGUCUGCGGGUCGCACCCCACAAUUGGUUGCUGGGAACCUUCAGCAGCUGUGCAGUUGGUCCAAAACGAGGUAAACCCCUGUCUUUGGGCGACGGACGAGGCAUGUCCGGUCUCUCUGCCGUUGAAGAAAAAUAUGAACGAAUUUCCCUUUUUUCAUGUUAGAUGCAGUAUGUACUUGCAUGUUCACGCAAGACUAAGAAAGUAGAGUAAAACGUAGAGAAACGGACCUGGCAGCUCGCCAUGUCUAUCAUGUUGGGUCACGAAUAUAAAGAUCGAGGAGGAUAUAAAUGACAUAGAUGUCGUCCUUAUCGUGUUUUAUUUCCCUUAGCCAAAACCACCCGAUGGCGAUCAUGUCUUGUUCAUGAUAUAAGUGGAAUACAACUACUUCGUGCGUGAGGUUCGCGACCAAGAGACCACGCUGAACACCCCAACAACCUCGACUCCUGCGGGCACGCUGCGGGGCCGGCCUCAAGACUGGGCAGACCUGUUGGAUGAGCGAAACAAGGCGUUAGGAGAAACAAACCGUCCAAAACAUGUGGAUAAGUCAAAGACUGACGAGGGAAGCGUGGCAGGUGGGUCAACUGCAACCGGCGGCUCGUCGUCUAGUUCAGGAAGGACAAAGGGACGUGGCGAUGGUAGCAACCCUCAAGAUUCGGGACUAACUAUGACGGUUGCGAAACUCGAACAGGAGGCGAAAAAACGAAAAGAACAACAACUAGAAACGUUAAGAAUACUGACACUGAGGAUGUAGACAGUUGAAGUUGUUGAUCGCUUUUCUUAUUGUUCUUGUUUUUAAUCUAGUAAGUGAGAUUCCUUUAGCUGCUACUUGUCUUUGUUCUAUGCUAUGCAGCAGAUUCCUUAUUAAGGAACUACUCGUCGAGGAUGAGGAACAGGAAGCAGUUUUUCAAUGAAUCAAUAUUAAAGCAACGCCGGUUCCGCACCAGAGGACGUAUCCUGGGAAGCUAAAAAUAAAGCUCGCUUACGCUGUAUUCAAUAUUCAUCUUCAUUCGCAAUCUCCUCUUCUAAAAUCGUUCGGAGCCAAAACUGGAAAGGAUGUCACAAUCAAGGUCCCACCUGACCACCAUGACUCUUCAAGAGAGAUUUUGGACUACAAGCCUGGAGGAUCGACGCCGAACAAGGUAGAUACGCCAAUCGCCCUGCGAUGGCUGCGCCCCGAUAACUACCGAAUCGUCCCGACCGGCCUAGAGAUGACACAAGAAGACGACGGCGGCUUAUCCAGGACGUGCUUAGGAUCAGGAGAAAAUCGGGACGAGGUAAGCCUUCGUCCGAGUAGCAACAACAAUCAAACAAUGACAAGGUUGUUUAGGAGCAUGCUCUACAUCUCGUUACUAACCUAAGUAUGCAAAUAUUGUCCUUUCUCAAAUACUGCUACUUCUUCGCAAGAACAUCAGGUAUUGUUAGAAACUCUGGUAGCGUCGCAUCAGCAAGAGGAACAGGACGAAGCCGCACUCCACAAGCAGUUGCAGCUGGACCCCACCUACAAGGAGACUGCGCUGUCUCAACUGGCGAAGCUGAACUCCGCCACCUCAGCACCGAGUGCCUCGAAUUCGACAGGCGCAAUCAAGAGUGUGUUUCUCUAAGCCUAAUAUUAUCAUAAUAUGCUGAUUUUCUUCGUGUUCAACUAGAUCAUUCAUUUUCACAAAAAAAAACAGCUCAUUCUACAACUGCAACUCGCUGUAAGUGGUCUUCAUUCUUGUGUUUGAGUUCCUCUUUGGGAAUUAUCAAUUAGAGCAGCCCUAAUUUUUCUGUGCGCAUUGUCUGCCUUUGGGGGUGCAUUACGAGUGCGGGACUCCACUGCUCGUGCCUUUGCCUGAGGAGAAUGACUCGAUGAUCUUCGCGCUCUAUAAGAUCCGGAAAGAAUUCGUGAAACAAUACAGGCUUUACUUCGUCGGUGCUCCAAAAAUCUUCGACGAAAGGAACGAGCAAAUCAGCGAGCUCACUUUAAGGCCCCCAUAUAAGUAAACGCACUCUCAGCAAGAUGCAGCUGGUCUCCGAAGUGUAUGGGUUAAAUAUUGCGAACUCUAAUCACUGCCCAGCAAAAGGAUAACUUAACAGGGCUUCUGCUAGAGCAGGACUGCAUUCCGGUGUUUUUAGAGCAAACACUUUGGGAGAGUUUCCAAAACUUCUGCUACCUCUACCUUUGGCCAAUUACACACAACUUCUCCAUCUUCAUGCCACAGUCAGCAACACAUAUGGGACAGCAGGUGCUUUUUGAUAUUUUCCCCGUCUUCAGACCUACUUCUGAAGUAGUGUAGAACUACAAGUGCACUUUCUGCAAGUGUGACUUUGAAUUUGAAAAGUUCCUUCUGUCCAGAAUUUUGACAUGAUUUGUAAAAAUAGAAAGUUAUAAUUCGGACCUAUUACCUCCGUUUGUUCCUCGCCCUUCAGGUGAAAGAUUUCCAGCAAGAAGAUUGGCGCGCAUACAAGAGUGCGAAUGAGAAGUAUGCAGAGACGAUCAUGCGCAGUGGACUGAUUCACACUGGCGAUAUCGUCUGGUCGCAAGACUGGCAGCUUCUGAUGCUUGGGCGCUACGUCCAGCAUCACGCUUUCGCGCGUCGGUCUCUGGGUGUGUCUGGUAAUGGCGGAAGGGAACAGGGCGACAUGCGGCAAUAUUUGCCCGGUGGUGGGGUUAAGGCUACCAUACUAUACCUCAUCGAUUCUCCGACACAAGUAGACGUAGACCUGGUCGUCGUUCUAACUUUAUCUCAAACUGUCUAUGCGUAUGGUGCACAUGACCGAGUCUUAAUGCAUCAUUCAAGGUAUUUCUGAAUGUGAAACCUGCUCGUCAACAUCAAGCACGUUUUCUCAAUCUAAUGAUCGACAGGGCAAUAACAGUGCUGGAAGCCAGCAGGGUGCGACGAGCAAUAGUUCAGGCGGGAACGGCGGCCGACGAACCGGUAUGAAAGUGCGCUGCGGCAUCUACGUACACGUUCCAUGGCCAAGCUCAGACCUAUUGAAGUGUCUCCCGGUGCGAGGCGAGCUCAUUCGUGGCAUGCUCAGCUUUGACCUUGUGGGUUUCCAAAUCUUCGAUUAUGCUCGCCACUUCCUUACAGCUUGCAGCAGAUUGUUGGGGGUACAACACGUUUUCAAGAUCGGCGGGUUCCUGUCGCUGGAACACAAUGGGCGCAGUACCAUGCUCAGCAGCAAGCAUCUCUGUUUAUGGGAACCCGUAUAAAAGCAUUGUGCACGUUUCUGACGUCUGCACGUUCAGCAACUACCUUUCAAUUUUGAUAGAUAUUUGACAUGUGAGUGGGAGUGCGUUUUCGUAGGCAGCUCUAUAUAUUUCUCGUUUCCCUUUCGUAGUAAGUUACAACUGGUACUACUAACCCCUCGUCGGGCGACCCCUUGACCCUUGCACAAUUCAUUUUCUCUGCCAAGCGACUUUGGGCGGAAAUUGGAUAAGGCUAUGACAGUUGUGGUUGGCAAGCCGGAUAAAGAGUACGUCGAUGCAAGUAGUGCCUCAGAUCCGUACUUCCACGAAACCCCACCUUUUCAAUUGCGCGAUCGUUUUGACAAUAACAUGCUUGUUGCUGAUGUGGAGCGGACCUCCAGUAGUUAAGACUAGACCCCUAAUCGUAUUGUUUAAUCCACCUCUAACUAUAGACGCGCUUUUUACUUAUGUGAAAGUGGUGGAUAAUCCCAUAUUAAGCUCUCAACUACAAGAAGGGAAAUGAUAAUGAAACCACCGGUAUAAGAAGGUACAGCACCAGCAGGGAUAGAUUAGGGGCGGUAACUCUAAAGUAGCUGCCAGAACAGCGACGCUGAGGAUCCCUAUCUAUUCCAGAGCGCAGAGCUCUCUUCUGCGUUUGGAGCCUGGAACUCGACGGGGCGCAAGAAAAUUCGCAGUAGGGAGGCAGGUGCGGCCUCGCAGAUGCUAAAUGUAAAUAUCGACUAUUUGAGCCAGCUGCCUGGAGGCGACCCUUCAAAGAUCGUGCUGGAGGAUCACGUGCGCACGCUGCCAGACGAGUCUUCAGGCGGACGGCAGCGCGCAAUAGGGAGUAGCCGAAAUACAAAUAGUGGACGUCCAAAUAAAUUUAAGAAACUGGAGUCCUGGACCUGGUACUUCUCGCUUUCUGAUUGAUUGGAGUUUAUCGAGGAAGGCGAAUGUAGUCUUUGAGCUUGAGCAGCUUUUGAAGAAUAAUCAUUAUUACAAUAAUAGAUGUAGAAGAUGUCGCUCGAUUUACAGAAGCAGAACAAGGUGAGGAUCUUCUUUUUAUUAUAUUUUCACAGAUACAGUUGAGUUCGAGUUCUGACGCUUACCUUCUAAUUGUUCUGUGGAUUUCUUUGAGGAUGGGCAAGGAGCUUUCUAUGGCGACGAGUACAUGCGCAACGCAGACCCGUAUGGGGAUGCUGAGGGUGAAGAGGGACCCGGAUGGUCAGCGACCGUUGCCGAGUGGUCCCAACAGUACUCGGAGCGCCGCGGACCGGUGAAUGUCACGCAGCAAUUCCCCAAAACUUUGAGGAGUAUUAUCUCAGGUGCGCACAGCGAGGUAGUGACGACGAUGGAGUCUGGUUUCGGAAGCGGAGGCCUCAAGCCAGCGUCAUACAUAACAGGAAGCACAAGAAGUAGACAAAUCGCAGCCGCCAGUCCCUACGAGAACAAGGGCGCUGCGGAAGGCGGGGAUGCAGGAGUAUGGGCUGAAAAUUUCUCAAGAAGCAAGACAAGCCCUGUGGCGGGUGGCGGUGGUCACGGCAGUCCAAAUAAUGGAGGUGGCGCUGACAACGCACCAGGAGGAGGCAGUGGGCUUCGAACUAACACCACGGUGGCUGGUGCAGGAGCCCACAACUACAUGAAAAUCGGAGGAGGUGGAGGCAAAUCGAGUAUCCUAGCACCGCGAAGGGGUAAUAUCAACGCUAGCAUGAGUCCAACAGCUGCCGUUAUAGGACACUUGCCCGAGGACUAUCAGUCUAAAGUGAUUCUCGGAUCCGUGGACUGCAUCGAGCGCUUUGCGGGACUCACUAACAAGAUGCAAGCGAUCCGAAGCUUCCUAGAACACUAUCCACAGCACCACAAAAAGUUCCUCCUUUUGCAGUACCUUUACUAUUAAGGCAGCUGCAACCCCAACCUCUGCUAUCAUUUUUGAAAAUUCAUAAUUUUCAAUUUGCAUUUGGCUCCAUAAUGAUAAUGUUCUCGAGUGGGAGAGAAGUACCAGGCAGCAGACCUCCUGGUGGGAAAAGAAGAUCGACGAGAUAGAUUAUUUUAUUUCUGACUACACAGUGUGUAUACACAGAACAAAUGACCUCCGCUAAUACUACCCGCCCAGUGUGACGUUCGACGACACGGAAAAGCUGAAGGAGGAAGUGUGCGCGAUGGCGCGUGAAAUCAAUGCCCGCUAUGGGUACCACGUUCAUCUGCAGAUAGGACAAAUCAACGAUUCAACAGUAUACUCCGUUUUGCAAACGGCGGAUAUUUUUUUUGACACGUGCACGAAAAACGGACUGAACAUUGCGGCUUUCAAGUUCAUCCUCAUCCACGGUGUGCAGAACGAGACAACGAAUCAUCAUGGGCCGAGCACGGGGACGAGUCCCGGCAUCCGAGCCCAGAGUGCCCCGACGAGCAAGGAGAAGGAGCAAAUGCGGGCUGCAGGGGCUGGAAGCACCUCGGCCAGUGCUGGCCCACAAGCUUGCAAGCGGCCUGGGAACUGUCUCAUCCUCUCUGAAUUCUCUGGCGCCUCCAGGGCGCUCAUUGGCGCGCUGCGCGUCAACCCAUGGUCGACGCCGAAUAUUUGCCAGCAAUUGGAUUUCGCCAUGAACAUGCUAGAUGCAGAUCGCUACGAGAGGUUCGCGCAGGACUACAACUACAUCAGUUCUCUUUCUCUGUCCGUGUGGUUGUCUGAUUUUCUUACGGAACUGUGCUACGAAAGCGGCAGCGGCGGAGAACUGCCGAGUCUACCCGUGCCCGCGCGUCUCGGCGGCUCGCGCGCCGCGUACCAGGAAUUGAGUAUCCAGAGUUGGGCCUCGAUACUAGAUCCCGAAAUAGUCAUCUCGGGGUAUCGAUCUUGUGCGGCGAAGCGCAUGCUCAUCUUCGAUCUUGACGGAACGCUCUUACGCCACAGCCACGGCCUUUUCAAGCAGGACGUCUUUCGUGCCGACCCGGCCUAUGAAAUCGUCCUCAAGUCGUUACAAGCGCUCUGCGACGUGCCCCAAAAUACUGUGGUCGUGGCGAGCGGCCGUUCACGAGAGCAGCUGGAGCAACUGUUUCACACCGUAAACGGCCUCCACGUGAUCGCGGAGGACGGAUAUUGUUAUGAAAUUUUUCUCGGUCGGAGUCGGUUUCCUAGUCCAUGCCAUUGACAGGGAAGGAGUAUAUAAGUACGUGCAUACCUCUAGGAUGUCUUCAUCCGAUGUUUUCUGGUGGUUCUUGCUCUUGAUGUAGUCGUAGUGAACGUGAAGACUUAUUUUACCGUGCGCUUACUUAUUUGAACCCAAGCCCAACAAAAAAUAUUAAAGAUCGUUAUCGCUAAUGUCAGUAUGCAAAUGUGGAGGACCCGGCAGUGGAUCUUCGCUGGAGCUGUAUCAAUCCCUCACUGUUGAUGGAGAAUAAUCAUCGGUGGCAGCGCAUAGCACGCAGCCUCAUGAACACCUUUGCAAAGAGGACGCAGGUACUAAACUUCCUGAAGAUUGGUUGUAGAAGUUCCAGUUGUCUGGACCUGAAGAUGGAUAGCGUAUGCGAUUGUUCAACCUUGAGCAUCGUAAAUUAAGAGCCUUCCAGCUAAAAACGGCCUCCAGCACUUCUAGUUGGUAAGCUAUGUGUAUGGAAUCCUUUUCCAGGGCUCGAUUGUUGAGGAGAAUGGGUCUUGCAUAUACUGGCACUAUGGUGGUUGCGAAGGCAUGUUUGGGCGACAGCAAGCGCAAAAUCUAGUGCGGCAACUGGAGGAACUGCUCCAAAACUCUUCUUCAAAUAACGCGCCAGCAACGAGCAUUGAAAGUGGGAACUCUUAUGUGCAGGUAAUGUUUUUGUUUCUUUAUUGACAUCAAGGUGGAGGAUUGGUAUUGAUUUAUUGACUCUCUUCUCUGUGUCUGUCUCUUCACGUUCAAUAGCGUCAGCUGUGAUCCGAUCUUUUCAGCGAUGUGGAUAUCCACAUGCCGGUGGUCUUCGUCUUGAUCACGACGAUAAUACCAUUAGUGCGCAAAAAGUGGUACCCUAGUACGACAGUUUUGUCGUGUUUGUAGUUGUAGUAAGUUGUUGAACUUGAAGAUGAUUUUCAGUUUUUCAUCUCUAGUACAACAACUCAUGCAGCCUCCUCCUCCUCCUCCUCGUCACAGGUACGCCUGAAAGGUGUGUCCAAGGGUGCUGCUUUAUCGAAGUUUUUCUUUCAAUUUCCCAGUGUAGACGACCAUGAGCUAGAAAGCGACUUCACGUUUUGUUUGUGCAUAGGACACGCGCGAUGCGAUGAAGAUAUGUUCAAGGCUUGCACAGAGUACUUCUCUGUGUUAAGAUUAUGGCUCGCUUGUAGUUCUUCAAAGAUCUAUCUUCAAGAAGAAGAGCAUCCUGUUUCUGGAACCCUUUACGUUUUAAAGGGGAAGAACAAACGGUUCCAGCUCCAGGAUGCACUUCUGCACUUCCACUUUAUUAAGAUGGACGAUUUUGUUUUUGAUUUAGGAACAGGGUCUAAUAAGAGAGCACGCGGCAACGAAAGACAUGGAAUUGAGUGGCAGUGGCGGACCUCAGAUGAGUGAAAUCGAAAGUUUCAGGACCCCCAAACUCUUCGGGGGUGGCGGAGCGUCACUCUCAAAAGACACAGCGGAAGCAGGCGCAGGAGGAGGGAAGGUACAUCUACAGUCUGAUUGUUCGAUAGUCGAUUUCGAUUCUUUCACGCUCACCUUCUUCACCAUCUUCUUCUACUUCUUCACCUCGCGAAUAUUUUUCCACCUUCUUGUUCUUGUAUUCCUAUUAUUUCACAAUCACAAGAAAAACUUACCUCCAUUUCUAAACAUGAUCAUGAAAGAUGUUCUUCUAGUUCUGAACUUCUAGACAUGAUGACGAAACAUCUUCUUGACUCGCACGACCUGUCCAUCCAACAACCACCAUUCCACACUCGACGACGCACGCUGCCGGCAGUCCAGUGCACUGGAACGUUCGCAAAAAGUCCAAAUUUUUUGGAAAAAAUCUGCAAAAGUGUAAAAGUAAAGGCCUAAAAAUAUGAAAAGUUUUCUUGUUCAUUUUGUUGUUGCCUGGUUGUCAACGUACCUUCUGGUCUUGCUGCGUCAUUUGAUCCUGGAAUCAAAAAGAUGCGACACUACAGACUUGUUUGUACUUAUGUUGUACGAAGAGUUCCCGUUGGGUUUGGGCGGGCACAAGACGAGAAAGUGCCUUUUUUCAGUUUCUUCUUGUAGGAAGUGCCACUUCAGAGUGCCAAGGAACUUGGUUGACCACGACUUUGACCAAGAAAACUGCC